GGGCCGGGGCGGCUGCGCGGCGAGGGCGGCGGCGCCGAGGAGAAACUCCGGAGGGGAAGCGGCGGCCGCCGGCCUCCGCCCCCCGGUAGCGGGAGGAGGAAGCGAAGCGGGCGGCCGGGCCGCCGCCGCCGGCCGCGAGGCGCACGGUCCCGGCCGGAGCUCGGGCGGGCGUUUGGCUCCCCUCCGCCGCCGAGGGGAGGAGCGGCGGCGUCCCCGCAGUCCCGUCCCCGGCGGAUGAGCAGCCCGCGGGGCGGCUUUGGCGGCCUCGCCAUGGCCGGGCCCCGGCGGUGAAGGCAGCGGGAGCCGCCUGCGGCCGCGUUCGUGCCCGCGCCCGGCCGGGAGGCAGCGCAGCCACCAGGGGGCGGGCGGGGAGGGGGAUGAGCGCUGCCGCCGCCGCCGCCUCCUCUGCGGGAGCCGCCGCCUGCACCGGGGCCGAGGGCGGCUUCUUCUUCCUCUCGGGCGGCUCCGCGCCCAUGGGGCCCGAGGAGGGCUCGGCCGGCGGGCUGGGCGCCCUGGCGCCGCCGUCGCUGGGCUGCCGGGGCCGCUACCAGCUGCUGCUCUCGGGGAAGGCCCUGGCCGACAGAUACCGGAAGAUUUACACGGCGGCGCUGAGCGACCGGGAGCUGGGGAGCCACCCGGGCAGGAGUAAGAAACUUUUUAGCAAGAAAAAAUUGAAAAGGAAACAGAAGACUAAAUUAAAAGUAAAAACACGCAACAAGACGGAAAACCUAGAGAGUACAGUAACCAUACCAGAUAUAAGAUUACAUAGCAACCCUUCAGCUUUUAAUGUUUACUGCAAUGUCCGCCACUGUGUAUUGGAGUGGCAAAAAAAGGAAGCAUCUGUAUCUUUGGCUUCAAAGAACAGCGUGCAGAGUGGGGAUUCGGACAGUGAUGAAGAAGAGGAAUCCAAAGAGCCACCUAUUAAACUUCCAAAGAUCAUUGAAGUUGGAUUAUGUGAAGUCUUUGAACUGAUAAAAGAGACAAGAUUUUCCCAUCCAUCCUUGUGUCUCAGGAGCCUACAAGCCCUACUUAAUGUGCUCCAGGGCCAGCAACCAGAAGGCCUGCAAUCAGAGCCUCCUGAAGUCCUAGAAUCCCUGUUCCAGCUUCUUCUGGAGAUAACUGUCCGUAGCACAGGAAUGAAUGACAGUACAGGACAGUCCUUGACAGCACUUUCCUGCGCUUGCCUCUUCAGUUUGGUAGCCGCAUGGGGAGAGACAGGAAGAACGUUGCAAGCAAUCUCUGCUAUCCUCACCAAUAAUGGCAGCCAUGCAUGUCAAACUAUUCAGGUGCCAACCAUUUUAAACUCUCUUCAGCGGAGUGUACAGGCAGUUUUGGUGGGCAAAAUACAAAUCCAGGACUGGUUCAGUAAUGGGAUAAAGAAGGCAGCCUUGAUGCACAAAUGGCCAUUGAAAGAAAUAUCUGUAGAUGAAGAUGACCAGUGCCUGCUUCAGAGCGAUGGUUUUUUCCUGUAUCUCUUAUGUAAAGAUGGACUUUACAAAAUUGGCUCUGGAUAUAGUGGGACAGUGAGGGGCCAUAUAUAUAAUUCUACAUCCCGCAUCAAAAACAGAAAGGAGAAGAAGUCUUGGUUAGGCUAUGCUCAGGGCUAUUUAUUAUAUAGAGAUGCGAACAAUCACAGUAUGACGGCCAUAAGAAUAAACCCUGAAACUUUGGAACAAGACGGUACAGUUGCUUUGCCAGAUUGUCAUACUGAAGGGCAGAAUAUCCUCUUCACUGAUGGAGAAUAUAUUAAUCAAAUAGCAGCAUCUAGAGAUGAUGGCUUUGUAGUGCGAAUAUUUGCAACAAGUACUGAGCCAGUACUGCAACAGGAACUGCAGCUUAAGCUUGCAAGAAAAUGCUUACAUGCCUGUGGCAUCUCAUUGUUUGAUCUGGAAAAAGACUUGCACAUUAUCAGUACAGGGUUUGAUGAGGAAUCGGCUGUCCUUGGUGCUGGAAGAGAGUUUGCCCUUAUGAAAACUGCUAGUGGAAAGAUUUAUUAUACUGGCAAAUAUCAAAGCCUUGGAAUCAAACAAGGUGGUCCUUCAGCAGGAAAAUGGGUUGAACUACCAAUCACGAAAUCUCCAAAGAUUAUUCAGUUCUCUGUUGGACAUGAUGGUUCACAUGCCUUACUUGUUGCAGAUGAUGGAAGUAUAUUCUUCACAGGUUCUGCUAGUAAAGGAGAGGAUGGAGAAUCAACUAAAAGCAGACGGCAGUCAAAACCAUAUAAGCCUAAAAAAAUCAUCAAAAUGGAAGGAAAGAUUGUGAUAUCUACAGCUUGCAAUAAUGGAAGCAGUUCUGUGAUUUCCAAAGAUGGAGAACUCUACAUGUUUGGAAAAGAUGCCAUUUACUCUGAUAGUACAAGUUUAGUAACAGAUUUGAAAGGCCACUUUGUGACUCAAGUAGCCAUGGGCAAAGCUCACACCUGUGUGUUAAUGAAGAAUGGAGAAGUUUGGACAUUUGGCGUAAAUAAUAAAGGACAAUGUGGAAGAGACACAGGCUCCAUGAGCCAGGGAGGAAAAGGUUUUGGAGUUGAGAACAUGGCAACAGCAAUGGAUGAAGAUCUAGAAGAGGAACUUGAUGAAAAAGAUGAGAAGUCCAUGAUGUGUCCUCCAGGCAUGCAUAAAUGGAAGCUGGAGCAGUGCAUGGUGUGCACUGUAUGUGGGGAUUGCACAGGCUAUGGAGCUAGCUGCGUUAGUAGUGGCCGUCCUGACAGAGUUCCUGGAGGAAUCUGUGGCUGUGGCUCAGGUGAGUCAGGCUGCGCUGUAUGUGGCUGCUGCAAGGCGUGUGCUAGAGAACUGGAUGGCCAGGAGGCAAGGCAAAGAGGAAUCCUUGAUGCUGUAAAAGAGAUGAUACCUUUAGAUCUCUUACUGGCUGUCCCUGUUCCUGGAGUUAAUAUUGAAGAACACCUUCAGUUACGGCAAGAAGAAAAGCGGCAGCGUGUAAACAGGAGACACAGAUUGGAAGAAGGAAGAGGCCCCCUUGUAUUUCCUGGUCCUAUUUUUAUGAACCAUCGAGAACAGGCUCUAGCCAGAAUCAGACCCCAUCCAGCACAGCUAAAGCAUAAACGGGACAAGCACAAAGAAGAUAAAAUCAAGAAUCGCAAGCAAUCUGAGACAGUGAUGUUGACUUCAGGAAAAGGACACUCUAACAUUGAAAUGGACGGAAGUGGCGAAAGAGGUGAGAAGGAUGCAAGCAAAAUCACAACCUAUCCACCAGGGGCUGUCCGCUUUGACUGUGAACUGCGAGCUGUACAAGUCAGUUGUGGAUUUCACCAUUCAGUGGUUUUGAUGGAGAAUGGUGAUGUUUACACAUUUGGAUAUGGGCAGCAUGGGCAACUCGGACAUGGUGAUGUUAAUUCCAGGGGAUGUCCUACUUUGGUGCAAGCAUUACCAGGUCCUAGCACGCAAGUUACUGCUGGAAGCAACCAUACAGCUAUUCUCUUAACGGAUGGCCAAGUUUUCACAUUUGGAAGUUUCUCAAAAGGUCAGCUUGGUAGACCAAUUCUGGACAUGCCCUACUGGAAUGCAAAACCAGCACCUAUGCCUAAUAUAGGCUCUAAAUAUGGUCGCAAAGCAACAUGGAUUGGAGCAAGUGGAGACCAGACUUUCCUCCGGAUCGAUGAAGCUCUCAUUAAUUCUCAUGUGCUUGCUACAUCAGAGAUAUUUGCAAGCAGGCAUAUAAUAGGUUUGGUACCAGCCUCAAUAUCAGAACCUCCUCCUUUUAAAUGUCUUCUGAUAAACAAAGUAGAUGGCAGUUGCAAAACAUUCAAUGAUUCUGAGCAGGAAGACCUUCAAGGUUCUGGUGUGUGUCUGGAUCCUGUCUAUGAUGUUAUUUGGAGGUUUCGACCAAAUGCUAGGGAACUGUGGAGUUACAAUGCAGUAGUUGCCGAUUCCAGACUUCCCUCAGCUCCAGACAUGCAAUCCCGGUGUAGUAUUUUGAGUCCAGAACUUGCUCUACCAACAGGUUCCAAAGCUCUAACCACCAGAUCUCAUGCAGCUUUGCACAUUCUAGGUUGUCUUGAUACUUUGGCUGCUAUGCAGGACUUAAAAAUGGGUGUAGCAAAUACAGAAGAAGAGACUCAAGCAGUAAUGAAAGUUUAUUCUAAAGAAGACUAUAGUGUUGUUAACAGAUUUGAAAGUCAUGGAGGUGGCUGGGGUUAUUCAGCCCACUCAGUAGAAGCUAUCCGUUUCUGUGCUGAUACAGAUAUUUUGUUAGGUGGUCUUGGUCUUUUUGGAGGUAGGGGUGAAUAUACUGCAAAAAUAAAGUUGUUUGAAUUGGGUCCAGAUGGGGGAGACCAUGAGACUGAUGGUGACCUUCUUGCUGAAACAGAUGUCUUAGCAUAUGAUUGUGCUGCUAGAGAGAAGUAUGCAAUGAUGUUUGAUGAGCCAGUACUCCUCCAAGCUGGCUGGUGGUAUGUAGCCUGGGCUAGAGUGUCAGGACCUAGCAGUGAUUGUGGAUCUCACGGACAGGCCUCUAUUACUACGGAUGAUGGUGUUGUCUUUCAGUUUAAAAGUUCCAAGAAAUCAAAUAAUGGUACAGAUGUUAAUGCAGGGCAGAUCCCACAGUUACUCUACAGGCUGCCAACAAGUGAUGGUAGUGCAUCCAAAGGAAAACAGCAAACCAGUGAACCUGUGCAUAUUUUAAAGAGGUCUUUUGCCAGAACUGUGUCAGUGGAAUGCUUUGAGUCUUUAUUGAGCAUUCUUCACUGGAGCUGGACAACACUGGUGCUAGGAGUUGAAGAACUUCGCGGACUUAAAGGAUUCCAAUAUACUGCUACUCUUCUGGAUUUAGAAAGAUUACGUUUUGUGGGUACUUGCUGUCUGAGGUUGCUGAGGGUCUACACCUGUGAAAUAUAUCCAAUAUCAGCUACGGCUAAGGCGGUUGUAGAAGAAACCAGCAAACUAGCAGAUUGCAUUGGAAAAACUAGGACCUUGCUGCGAAAAAUCCUAUCUGAAGGAGUUGAUCAUUGCAUGGUCAAGUUGGACAAUGAUCCCCAAGGAUAUCUCAGUCAGCCCCUGAGCCUUUUAGAAGCUGUUCUUCAAGAAUGCCAUAAUACUUUCACAGCUUGCUUUCAUUCUUUUUAUCCAACACCAGCUCUCCAGUGGGCAUGUCUUUGUGACUUGCUCAAUUGUUUGGAUCAGGACAUCCAAGAAGCAAAUUUCAAAACCUCCAGUAGCCGGCUUCUUGCUGCUGUUAUGUCUGCUCUCUGCCACACUUCAGUGAAACUGACCUCUAUUUUUCCAAUUGCUUAUGAUGGAGAGGCAUUGCUGCGAUCAAUGGUAAAACAAGUCAGCACUGAGAAUGACUCUGCUCUGGCCCAUCGUUUUCCUCUUUUGGUUGCACAUAUGGAAAAACUUAGUCAGAGCGAAGAAAAUGUUUCAGGGAUGACAAGCUUUCGGGAAGUGCUGGAAAAGAUGUUGGUCAUUGUUGUUUUACCAGUCCGGAACAGCCUUAGACGAGAAAAUGAACUUUUUUCUUCACAUCUAGUUUCUAAUACCUGUGGGUUGCUUGCUAGUAUUGUGAGUGAACUUACAGCAUCAGCAUUAGGAUCUGAGGUUGAUGGGCUGAACUCUCUUCAUUCUGUCAAAUCCACUCCAAACAGAUUCACUAAAACAAGCCAGGGAAGAAGCUGGAAUACUGGGAAUGGAUCCCCUGAUGCAAUAUGUUUCUCUGUGGACAAGGCUGGUGUAGUUGUAGUAGGCUUUUCUGUUUACGGUGGAGGGGGAAUUCAUGAGUAUGAACUGGAAGUAUUAGUUGAUGAUAGUGAUCAUACUGGAGAUUCAACUCAUUCUCAUAGAUGGACAUCUUUAGAAUUAGUUAAAGGAACUUACACCACGGAUGAUUCUCCCAGUGACAUAGCUGAAAUCAGACUUGAUAAAGUUGUACCACUGAAGGAAAAUGUGAAAUACGCGAUUCGUUUGAGGAAUUACGGAAGCCGGACUGCCAAUGGAGAUGGAGGAAUGACCACAGUUCAGUGUCCAGACGGUGUAACAUUUACCUUUAGUACAUGUAGUCUGAGCAGUAACGGUACAAACCAAACACGCGGACAGAUUCCACAGAUUCUUUAUUACAGGAGUGAGUAUGAUGGAGAUCUGCAAUCACAGCUUUUGAACAAAGCUAAUGAAGAAGACAAAAACUGUAGCAGGGCUCUUUCCGUUGUGAGCGCUGUUGUGCGAGCAGCCAAAGACUUGUUGCACAGAGCUCUUGCUGUAGAUGCUGAAGACAUUCCAGAACUACUGAGCUCUUCCAGUCUGUUCUCAAUGCUGUUACCCCUCAUAAUAGCCUACAUAGGACCAGUUGCAGCAGCGAUUCCCAAGGUUGCUGUUGAGGUCUUUGGCCUAGUGCAACAAUUACUUCCUUCUGUAGCAGUUUUGAAUCAGAAAUAUGCUCCUCCAGCUUUUAACCCAAAUCAGUCUACAGACAGCACCACAGGAAAUCAACCAGAGCAAGGGCUUUCAGCUUGUACUACCUCUAAUCACUAUGCUGUUGUGGAAAGUGAACAUCCCUACAAACCAGCCUGUGUUACUCACUACAAGGUGACUUUUCCUGAAUGUGUCAGGUGGAUAACAAUAGAAUUUGAUACUCAGUGUGGCACUGCUCAGUCCGAGGAUGUUCUUCGUUUACUAAUUCCUGUCAGAAUUGCACAGAGUCUGGGGUUUGGACCAAAGCAUACUUCUGUUCAUGAAAAUCUUAAUUCAUGGAUAGAACUGAAAAAAUUCUCUGGAUCUUCAGGAUGGCCUACAAUGGUAUUAGUAUUGCCAGGAAAUGAAGCUCUUUUUUCUCUGGAGACUGCAUCAGACUAUGUGAAAGAUGAAAAGGCUUGUUUUUAUGGUUUCAAAUGUUAUGCAAUUGGAUAUGAAUUUAGUCCAGGAUCUGAUGAGGGUAUUAUUCAGCUGGAGAAAGAAUUGGCCAAUUUAGGAGGGUCAUGUGCAGCAGCUUUGAUGAAGAAAGAUCUAGCACUUCCUAUUGCAGGUAAUGAAUUUGAAGAAGAUCUUGAGAUUCUUGAAGAAGCUGCUUUACAGGUGUGCAAAUCUCAUUCCGGCAUUCUUGGAAAAGGGUUGGCAUUAUCUCACUCACCAACAAUACUGGAAGCCCUUGAAGGAAAUCUUCCACUGCAGGUACAAAGCAAUGAGCAGUCAUUUCUGGAGGAUUUCAUUGCUUGUGUACCAGGAUCAAGUGGUGGACGACUUGCAAGAUGGCUUCAGCCAGAUUCAUAUGCUGAUCCUCAAAAAACAUCAUUGAUUUUGAAUAAGGAUGACAUUCGUUGUGGUUGGCCAACUGUUAUUACAGUACAAACAAAAGACCAGUAUGGGGAUGUUGUUCAUGUUCCUAAUAUGAAGGUAGAAGUCAAAGCUAUUCCUGUUUCUCAGAAAAAAACAUCUUUGCAACAAGAGCAAGUUAAAAAGGUGCAACGGAUACCAGGGAGUCCUGCAGCAGCUGCUUCCCCUACUGCUGAUAUGACUUUCGGAGGACUUCCUUCACCAAAGCUUGAUUCUUCUUAUGAGCCAAUGAUCGUAAAAGAAGCUCGAUAUAUUGCUAUUACAAUGAUGAAGGCAUAUGAAAAUUACUCAUUUGAAGAACUACGCUUUGCUUCACCGACACCAAAGAGACCCAGUGAAAACAUGCUGAUCAGAGUCAAUAAUGAUGGUACAUACUGUGCAAACUGGACUCCCGGUGCUGUUGGUCUCUAUACCAUUCAUGUUACUAUAGAUGGCAUUGAAAUAGAUGCUGGGCUAGAAGUGAAAGUAAAAGAUCCUCCAAAGGGAAUGAUACCACCUGGAACACAGCUUAUUAAACCAAAGGCAGAGCCUCAGCCAAACAAGGUUCGCAAAUUUGUGGCCAAGGACAGUGCAGGGCUUCGUAUCCGUAGCCACCCUUCCCUUCAGAGUGAGCAAAUAGGCAUAGUGAAAGUCAAUGGAUCCAUCACUUUCAUUGACGAGAUCCACAAUGAUGAUGGUGUUUGGCUGAGGCUGAAUGAUGAGACAAUAAAGAAGUAUGUUCCUAACAUGAAUGGUUACACUGAAGCCUGGUGCCUCUCUUUUAACCAACAUCUUGGCAAGAGCCUUCUGGUACCUGUUGACAAUGUCUUUAAUGCUAGCCAAGGAGUAAGGGAUUUGGACUUUUUUUCAUGGACUUCCAAAGCUUUACCCCCUAAGGAAUCUAGGUCUAAUACUGAUGAUUUUUUCAAAGACCUAAAUUCACACUGCCCGCAGGAAGCAGUGAUGCAAGAACAAGAUAUGCCAUUCCUUCGAGGUGGUCCUGGAGUGUACAAGGUAGUGAAGACUGGCCCAUCAGGUCACAACAUCAGAAGCUGCCCUAACCUUAGAGGUAUCCCAAUUGGAAUGUUAGUUCUGGGAAACAAAGUCAAGGCAGUGGGCGAGGUGACUAACUCAGAAGGUACAUGGGUGCAAAUGGAUAAGAACAGCAUGGUAGAAUUCUGUGAAAGUGAUGAAGGCGAGGCGUGGUCGUUAGCUAGAGACAGAGGUGGAAACCAGUACCUCCGACACGAAGAUGAGCAAGUUCUUCUAGACCAGAAUGUUCAGACUCCUCCCCCAAGUCCAUUUUCAAUACAAGCUUUCAGUAAGGGAACAAGCUGUAGUAACGGACAAGGGUUUGAUUAUGGCCUUGGAAAUAACAAAGUUUUGACUGUUUUGCCCGCUACAGGUGACCAACUGAGUGCCAUACUGAAUUCCAUUCAGUCACGGCCAAAUCUCCCAGCUCCUUCCAUCUUUGAUCAAGCUGCAAAACCUCCCUCUUCCCUAGUCCACAGUCCAUUUGUGUUCGGACAGCCCCUUUCCUUCCAGCAGCCUCAGCCACAGCUUCAGAAAACUUCAUCCUGCUGCCUUGCUUCUCGUGAGCGUAUUUACAAAUCUAGUGAUGUAGCUGGGCCUGCCUCUGCUAUUUCAUCUCUCUCUCACAAACUGAAGGGUGACCGAGUGAAUUUCACAGGAGCUGCUAGACCGAUUUCUCCAGCAGGAAAAUCAGACAUGUCAAAACACAGAGCUGACAGCAGGUCACCCAAGCUUGAUGUGCGAAUGAACAGAGCUGCUGCUGACCAGAAGAAACCCAGGAAUACAGAAGGGUUAUCUGCCAGUGAAUCUCUUCUGCUGAAAUCAGAUGCUGCAAAAUUGCGGUCAGAUUCUCACAGUAGAUCUUUGUCUCCAAAUCAUAACACUUUGCAAACACUAAAAACUGAUGGAAGAACUACUACUGGUCUGAGAGCUGAAUCUCCAGGGCCAGGAACUCGGUCAUCUUCUCCAAAGACAAAGACGCUUACAGCAGUUAGGCCUGGUGCUAGUUCUCCACGGUCCUCCUCGCCUCAUGAUAAAACUCUACCUCAGAAAGCUCCAUCUCCAGUAAAAACAAAGCUUGAUCCUCCUCGAGAACGUUCCAAAUCAGAUUCUUACACGUUAGAUCCAGACACCCUUCGCAAAAAGAAAGUACCUCUAACAGAACCCUUAAGAGGGAGGUCCACUUCACCCAAACCAAAAAUUAUUACAAAAGAUGGAAAACCUGUUACCGAAACUGAAAACAGAGCUCCGUCCCCUCAUGUUGUACAAGAAAAUCUUCACAGUGAGGUUGUUGAAGUGUGUACGUCAAGUACUUUAAAGACUAACAGCAUUACAGAUAGCACCUGUGAAGACAACACAGAAUUCAGAAGUCUGGAUGAUGGUUCUAAUAAAGUUCAUUUCAGCAUAGGAAAAGCACCCCUGAAAGAUGAGCAAGACAUGAGAGCAUCUCCAAAAGUGAGCCGUAAAUGUGCUGGUAGGCACACAAGACCCAAAAAGGAGAAAUCCAGUUUUCUUUUCAAAGGAGAUGGAUCCAAACCUGUAGAGCCAGCCAAGCAAGCAAUGUCACCUUCUGUCGCAGAAUGUGCUAGAGCUGUAUUCGCUGCGUUUCUUUGGCAUGAGGGAAUAGUUCAUGAUGCUAUGGCUUGUUCAUCUUUUUUGAAGUUUAAUCCAGAACUGUCCAAAGAGCAUGCACCAAUACGAAGCAGUCUUAAUCAACAACCUGCAGAGGAAAAAGAAACCAAGUUAAAAAAUAGACAUUCAUUGGAAAUAUCAUCUGCUCUUAAUAUGUUUAACAUUGCACCGCAUGGACCAGAUAUAUCUAAAAUGGGUAGCAUCAACAAGAACAAAGUCCUCUCAAUGUUAAAAGAACCACCUUUGCAUGAAAAGUGUGAGGAUGGAAAAACUGAAACUACCUCUUUUGAAACAUCCAGUCACCACACGAUGAAAUCCAAGUCUCCUCUUCCAUUAACACUGCAGCACUUGGUAGCUUUCUGGGAAGAUAUUUCUUUAGCAACUAUUAAAGCAGCAUCCCAAAAUAUGAUUUUUCCAAGUCCUGGUUCUUGUGCAGUGUUGAAGAAGAAGGAAAGUGACAAAGAUAACAAGAAAACCAAAAAAGAGAAAAAGAAAAAGGAAAAGGUUGAGACUAGGCCAAGGGGAAAUCUUUUUGGUGAGAUGGCCCAGCUUGCAGUAGGAGGACCUGAAAAAGACACCAUCUGUGAGUUGUGUGGAGAAUCCCAUCCAUAUCCAGUGACUUACCACAUGAGACAGGCUCAUCCAGGUUGUGGCCGUUAUGCAGGUGGCCAAGGUUAUAAUAGCAUUGGACACUUCUGUGGAGGAUGGGCUGGUAACUGUGGUGAUGGGGGUAUUGGAGGAAGCACUUGGUAUUUGGUUUGUGAUCGAUGCAGAGAAAAAUAUCUCCGUGAAAAGCAAGCAGCAGCAAGAGAAAAGAUUAAACAAUCUAGGAGAAAACCAAUGCAAGUUAAGACUCCUCGUGCCUUGCCAACCAUGGAAGCUCAUCAAGUGAUUAAAGCCAAUGCACUGUAUUUGCUGUCACUGAGCAGUGCUGCUGAACCCAGUAUCCUCUGCUAUCACCCUGCAAAAGCAUUCCAGUCUCAACUUCCCAGCGUCAAAGAAGGAAUUUCCGAAGACUUUCCCAUUAAAAUGCCGUGUCUCUAUCUACAGACUUUAGCAAGGCAUCAUCAUGAAAACUUUGUUGGGUACCAGGAUGACAACCUCUUCCAGGAUGAGAUGAGGUACCUGCGCUCAACUUCAGUACCUGCACCAUACAUCUCAGUUACUCCCGAUGCAAGCCCUAAUGUCUUUGAAGAGCCAGAGAGUAACAUGAAAUCUAUGCCCCCAAGUUUGGAAACCAGCCCAAUAACAGAUACAGACCUAGCAAAGCGUACAGUCUUUCAAAGAUCAUAUUCAGUUGUUGCAUCAGAAUAUGACAAACAGCACUCAAUUUUGCCAGCACGUGUAAAGGCAAUCCCUAGGAGACGAGUCAACAGUGGAGAUGCAGAAGUGGGCUCCUCUCUCCUGAGACAUCCAUCUCCUGAACUUUCUCGGUUAAUCUCCGCCCACAGCUCUCUUUCCAAAGGAGAGAGAAAUUUCCAGUGGCCAGUAUUGGCAUUUGUAAUCCAGCAUCAUGAUCUGGAAGGACUUGAAAUAGCAAUGAAACAAGCCUUACGGAAAUCUGCUUGCCGAGUAUUUGCUAUGGAGGCUUUUAACUGGCUUCUUUGUAAUGUCAUUCAAACAACUUCUCUUCAUGAUAUUUUAUGGCAUUUUGUGGCUUCCCUGACACCUUCACCUGUAGAACCUGAAGAGGAGGAGGAUGAAGAAAAUAAAUCAAAUAAGGAAAAUGCAGAACAAGAGAAAGACACAAGAGUGUGUGAACAUCCUCUGUCAGAUAUAGUAAUUGCUGGUGAAGCAGCUCACCCAUUACCCCACACUUUUCAUCGUCUGCUCCAGACAAUCUCUGAUCUUAUGAUGUCUCUACCCAGUGGUAGUGCAUUACAGCAAAUGGCCUUAAGGUGUUGGAGUCUCAAAUUCAAACAAUCUGAUCACCAGUUCCUGCACCAGAGCAAUGUUUUCCAUCAUAUCAACAAUAUUUUGUCUAAAUCGGAUGAUGGAGAUAGUGAAGAGAGUUUUAGUAUCAGUAUACAGUCAGGUUUUGAAAUCAUGAAUCAGGAACUCUGUAUAGUGGUUUGUCUAAAAGACCUAACAAGCAUUGUUGACAUUAAAACAUCAAGCCGACCUGCCAUGAUUGGUAGUUUAACAGAUGGGUCUACAGAAACGUUCUGGGAGUCAGGAGAUGAAGACAAAAACAAAACUAAAAACAUCACAAUUAACUGUGUAAAAGGAAUCAAUGCACGUUAUGUGUGUGUUCAUGUAGACAAUUCCAGAGAUCUUGGGAACAAAGUGACUUCAAUGACCUUCUUAACUGGCAAGGCAGUAGAAGAUCUCUGCAGAAUAAAGCAGGUAGACUUGGAUUCAAGACAUAUUGGCUGGGUAACAAGUGAACUUCCUGGGGGUGAUAAUCACAUCAUCAAAAUUGAAUUGAAAGGUCCAGAGAACACACUCAGAGUUCGACAAGUGAAAAUUCUUGGAUGGAAAGAUGGUGAAAGCAUUAAAAUAGCAGGCCAGAUUUCUGCAAGUGUAGCUCAGCAAAGAAACUGUGAAUCUGAGACGCUGAGAGUAUUCCGACUUAUUACGUCCCAGGUAUUCGGAAAACUCAUCUCCGGUGAUGCUGAGCCAACCCCAGAACAAGAAGAAAAAGCACUAUUGUCUUCCCCAGAAGGAGAAGAAAAAGUACACAAUGCAACAUCAGAUGCGGACCUGAAAGAGCACAUGGUAGGAAUCAUAUUCAGCCGGAGCAAACUGACAAAUUUGCAAAAGCAGGUAUGUGCUCAUAUAGUCCAGGCCAUACGAAUGGAAGCGACGCGUGUGCGUGAGGAGUGGGAGCGUGCCAUCUCUAGCAAAGAGAAUGCCAACUCACAACCUAAUGAUGAAGAUGCUUCUUCUGACGCAUAUUGCUUUGAGCUGCUGUCAAUGGUGCUGGCAUUGAGCGGUUCCAAUGUAGGCCGGCAGUAUCUGGCUCAGCAGCUGACUCUGCUCCAGGAUCUCUUCUCUUUGUUACACACAGCCUCUCCUAGGGUGCAGAGACAGGUAACAUCAUUACUAAGACGUGUUUUGCCUGAGGUAACCCCAAGUCGCCUGGCUAGUAUCAUAGGAGUGAAGUCUCUUCCACCAGCAGAUAUAAGUGAUAUAAUUCACUCAACAGAAAAAGGAGAUUGGAAUAAACUGGGUAUCUUAGAUAUGUUUUUGGGAUGCAUUGCCAAAGCUCUCACUGUACAGCUAAAAGCCAAAGGAACUACUAUAACUGGGACAGCUGGCACUACUGCAGGCAAAGGAGUUACUACAGUCACACUUCCCAUGAUCUUCAAUUCCAGCUAUAUUCGGCGAGGUGAAAGCCAUUGGUGGAUGAAGGGUUCAACACCUACACAGAUUUCAGAGAUCAUUAUUAAGCUGAUUAAAGACAUGGCAGCAGGUCAUCUGUCAGAAGCUUGGUCCCGUGUGACAAAAAAUGCUAUUGCUGAAACCAUCAUAGCUCUGACCAAAAUGGAAGAAGAAUACCGAUCACCAGUGAGGUGCAUUGCAACAACCAGAUUGUGGCUGGCCCUAGCAUCCCUCUGUGUACUUGAUCAGGAUCAUGUUGAUAGACUGUCAUCAGGAAGAUGGAUGGGAAAGGAUGGACAACAGAAACAGAUGCCGAUGUGUGAUAACCAUGAUGAUGGUGAAACUGCUGCAAUCAUUUUAUGUAAUGCCUGUGGGAAUUUGUGUACAGAUUGUGACCGAUUCCUUCAUCUCCAUCGACGAACAAAAACUCAUCAGAGACAGGUAUUCAAAGAAGAAGAAGAAGCUAUCAAAGUUGAUCUUCAUGAGGGUUGUGGUAGGACCAAGCUUUUCUGGCUGAUGGCAUUAGCAGAUUCUAAGACUAUGAAAGCUAUGGUGGAGUUCAGAGAACAGACAGGCAAACCGACCACCAGCAGUUCCGAAGCGUGUCGUUUCUGUGGUUGUAGGAGUGGAACAGAAUUAUCAGCAGUGGGAAGCGUUUGUUCUGACACAGAUUGCCAGGAGUAUGCUAAAAUUGCCUGCAGCAAGACACAUCCCUGCGGUCAUCCAUGUGGAGGUGUUAAGAAUGAAGAGCACUGUCUGCCAUGUUUGCAUGGUUGUGAUAAGAAUGCUACCACUCUUAAACAAGAUGCUGAUGACAUGUGUAUGAUCUGUUUCACUGAAGCACUUUCGGCAGCACCAGCUAUCCAGUUGGACUGCAGCCAUGUUUUCCAUUUGCAAUGCUGUCAACGUGUACUAGAAAACAGAUGGCUUGGGCCAAGGAUAACUUUUGGGUUUAUGUCCUGUCCUAUUUGCAAGAACAAAAUCAAUCACACAGUAUUAAAGGAUUUGCUUGAUCCAAUCAAAGAACUCUAUGAAGAUGUGAGGAGAAAAGCACUGAUGAGAUUGGAGUAUGAAGGGUUGCACAAGAGUGAGGCCAUCACAACACCAGGUGUUAGAUUUUAUAAUGACCCAGCUGGCUAUGCCAUGAACAGAUAUGCUUAUUAUGUUUGCUACAAAUGCAAAAAGGCAUAUUUUGGUGGCGAAGCUCGUUGUGAUGCUGAGGCUGGACAAGGAGAUGACUAUGAUCCAAGAGAGCUUAUUUGUGGUGCAUGUUCUGAUGUUUCAAGGGCUCAGAUGUGUCCCAAACACGGUACGGAUUUCUUAGAGUACAAAUGCCGCUACUGCUGUUCAGUUGCUGUUUUUUUCUGUUUUGGGACAACACAUUUUUGCAACGCUUGCCAUGAUGAUUUCCAAAGAAUGACAAGCAUCCCUAAAGAAGAACUCCCACACUGUCCUGCAGGUCCCAAAGGUAAACAACUUGAAGGAACAGAAUGUCCACUUCAUGUUGUCCAUCCACCCACCGGUGAAGAAUUUGCUCUGGGUUGUGGGGUUUGCAGAAAUGCUCACACUUUUUAGACUUUUUUUUUUAACCAGAGCAAAACAGGUGCCCUCAUCCCACAAGUGUCCUGACAAUAAAGUCCAGCUGGGAUGAGGAUGGGACCAUUUCAUAACCCAGGUAAAAGGAACAAUUUACAGUGCAAGAAGGAUGCCAAAUACUAUGUACAUAAUUCUUGCUGUGAGAAAUUGACAUUUUUUGAACCGAGACAUCAAAACUUGUGAGGUGUUUGCAUGUGGCCAUUACAGUCAUCGGCUAGGAAACAUUGGACAUUUACAAAUAAAUAAUUGCUAUUAAAGGAUCUGUGUGUCUGUGGACUAUGAAUGAUGCUGGCUUUCAGGAGAAAGAAAAAAAAUAUUGAUUAUUGUAUACUGACUUUUUGUAAUCUUGUACAAUUGUAACGCAUCACAAGUGGGGAUGGGAAAGAGGAAUAUUCUGGUUUAUUUCCUAGACUGUUAUUAAAAAAAAGUGUUAGGAAGGCAUAAAUGUAACAAGUAUCACACUGUAUAUAAAGGUAUCAAUGUUUGUCCUGUAUAAGAAUUAUUAAAUUACAACAGCAGUUUCAUUUAAACUUCUGGGUUAUGUUUGAGCCUGAAAUUUUAAUGAAGUGCAAUACUGAGUGUGCCUCAUAUCUUGCAGCUGUAAACAUAAUGGAAUGUACAUGUCAAUAAAGCCACUGUACAUUUUUAUACAGUGAAAGUCUAA